AGAGCGGAGCUGGUUGAAAAGUUCGCAUGGAACGGAGCCCUCAGCUGUCGGUGUAGGGUGUAUCCCGCGUGUGUUGAACGCAGCCGCAGCUUGACUGUUUUCUCUCUCCGUCAUAUGUCGGGGUUCCCUGUACUGGCCCCCGUCUGCUAGCUGUUUAGCGAAACAACUUUGAAACAAAGUUAUUUAAUGUAAUCGGGUUAUUUGAACUACGCAAUCAAUAACAUCACAUUAACGGGAAGUAAACAAAAUGCCUGCAGUCUCCAAAGGAGAUGGGAUGCGUGGCCUGGCUGUGUUCAUCUCUGAUAUCAGGAACUGUAAAAGUAAAGAGGCAGAGGUUAAGAGGAUAAACAAAGAAUUGGCCAAUAUCCGCUCUAAAUUUAAAGGAGACAAGGCUUUAGAUGGCUACAGUAAAAAAAAGUAUGUCUGCAAGCUGCUCUUCAUCUUUCUUCUGGGCCAUGACAUUGACUUUGGACACAUGGAGGCUGUCAACCUUCUCAGCUCCAACAAGUACACCGAGAAACAAAUUGGUUACCUGUUCAUCUCAGUGCUGGUGAACUCUAACAGUGAUCUGAUCCGUCUGAUCAACAAUGGCAUUAAGAAUGACCUCGCCAGUCGCAAUCCCAGCUUCAUGAACCUGGCUCUGCACUGCAUCGCAAACGUGGGCAGCCGAGAAAUGGCUGAAGCUUUUGCCUCGGAAAUUCCCAACAUCUUGGUGGCGGGGGACACCAUGGAUAGCGUGAAGCAGAGUGCAGCACUGUGUCUGUUGAGACUUAACAGGACAUCUCCUGACCUGGUGCCCAUGGGUGAAUGGACGGCACGAGUGGUGCAUUUGCUUAAUGAUCAGCACCUGGGGGUAGUAACAUCAGCUGCCAGCCUUAUAACCACCCUGGCCCAGAAGAAUCCUGACAACUUUAAAACAUCCAUUGUACUGGCAGUGGCCCGACUCAGCAGAAUUGUGACGUCUGCAUCCAUUGACCUACAAGACUACACUUACUACUUUGUGGCUGCACCAUGGUUGUCUGUCAAAUUGCUGCGUCUGCUGCAAUGCUACCCUCCUCCUGAGGAUGCAGCGCUGCGAAGUCGUCUGAUGGAGUGUCUAGAGACCAUCCUCAAUAAAGCCCAGGAGCCACCCAAAUCCAAGAAGAUCCAGCACUCCAACGCAAGGAAUGCUGUUCUGUUUGAAGCCAUCUCCCUUAUCAUCCACCAUGACAGUGAACCCACCCUGAUGGUACGAGCAUGCAAUCAGCUAGGGCAGUUUCUGCAGCACAGGGAAACCAAUCUCCGCUAUUUGGCUUUGGAGAGUAUGUGCACACUUGCCAGCUCUGAGUUUUCACAUGAGGCUGUAAAGACACACAUCAAUACUGUGAUCAACUCUCUAAAGACAGAAAGAGAUGUGAGUGUUCGCCAGCGGGCUGUGGAUCUACUCUAUGCCAUGUGUGACCGCAGCAAUGCCAAACAGAUUGUUGCAGAGAUGCUGAGCUACCUGGAGACUGCCGACUACUCAAUCAGAGAGGAGAUAGUGCUCAAGGUGGCUAUCCUGGCUGAAAAAUAUGCAGUAGACUACACCUGGUAUGUAGAUACCAUUCUCAAUCUCAUCCGUAUCGCCGGUGACUAUGUCAGUGAGGAGGUGUGGUAUCGAGUCAUCCAGAUUGUCAUAAACCGUGACGAUGUCCAAGGCUAUGCUGCAAAGACUGUCUUUGAGGCACUACAAGCUCCUGCCUGCCAUGAGAACCUGGUUAAGGUCGGGGGUUAUAUCUUGGGAGAAUUUGGUAACCUAAUUGCUGGUGACCCGCGCUCCAGCCCCCUGGUCCAGUUCAAUCUUCUCCACUCCAAGUUCCACCUGUGCUCUGUUCCAACUCGGGCACUGUUGCUGUCGGCUUACAUCAAGUUCAUUAACUUGUUUCCAGAAGUGAAGUCCACUAUCCAAGAUGUCCUGCGCUCAGAUAGCCAGCUUCGCAAUGCUGACGUGGAGCUCCAGCAGAGAGCUGUGGAGUACCUGAGGCUCAGCUGCAUCGCUAGCACUGACAUAUUGGCCACAGUGUUAGAAGAAAUGCCACCAUUCCCCGAGAGAGAGUCUUCAAUCCUGGCCAAGCUGAAGAAGAAGAAGGGCUCAGGCAAACUGCCAGACGUAGACGAAUCCCGACGAAAUGUCAACGGCAGCGCUGAACACAGUGAGAACACAGAAGCCACAAACAAGGAUUCCACCCACUCCUUUACAGACAUGCUCAAUCUAAACUCACCCCCCUCAGCAGGAGCCGGUCUGCUAGUUGAUGUCUUUUCUGACAGUUCUGUCCCUGCAUCCAUAGAUGUGUCAGAAGAACAAUUUCCCAGGUUUGUUUGUAAGAAUAAUGGAGUUAUAUUUGAGAACCAGCUGUUACAGAUUGGACUGAAGUCUGAGUACCGGCAGAACCUGGGUCGCAUGUAUGUGUUCUAUGGCAACAAGACAACUACCCAGUUCCUCAGCUUCUCCUCGUCAGUGACUUGUCCUGAGGUACUCAAAACCCAGCUGAAUGUCCAUGCUAAGGCAGUAGACCCCGUAAUAGAAGGCGGGGCUCAAGUCCAACAGAUCCUCAACAUUGAAUGUGUGUCAGAUUUCACUGAUGCACCGGUCCUCAACGUUCAGCUCAGAUACGGCGGAGCUUUUCAGAAAAUUGCAGUGAAACUCCCUGUGAUGCUGAACAAGUUUUUUCAGCCCACGGAGAUGACAUCCCAAGACUUCUUCCAACGCUGGAAGCAGCUUGGAGCCCCUCAGCAAGAAGUUCAGAACAUCUUCAAAGCCAAACACCCAAUGGACACAGAUGUCACCAAGGCCAAGAUCACAGGCUUUGGUGUAGCUUUGUUGGAGGGAGUUGAUCCCAAUCCAGCAAACUUUGUUGGAGCUGGAGUCAUCCACACGAAGAACACUCAGGUGGGCUGCCUCCUCAGACUCGAGCCCAAUAUACAAGCACAGAUGUACCGUCUCACUCUCCGGACCAGCCGAGGCUCUGUGUCUCAGAGACUGUGUGAGUUGCUCUCUGAACAGUUUUAGACCCAACACAGCACCAACCUUCAUACAACUCUCACUUUAGAUUGGCAUUGUUAUAUUGUACAGUGUACAUUGUUUUGUUUUUUAUUUGACAUGCUUUACAUGGAAAUUAAUUGCACAUAAGUUUACUAUUAUGUUACUGCUUUAAAGCUGCUUUGUACUCAUCGUGUGUACUUAUAGUGUGGGCACCGAGCCGACAUAUUGUGGACACUGCAAGAAGCUCUGAUUGCUCCUCUGAAGUGUUGUGAAGCUUCUCUGUUUUGAACACUCUAGGAACUAUGCAUUUUGCUUCGUGGUUACUACUUCUUCAAACGUUUUGAAGCAUUAAUAAGACUGAGUUAACUCUUAUGUGAUUGUAGUCUUACCAAUGGUCUCGGCAGACAGGUCAGUUGUUCUGAUAGUAUUUAUAAGAGACUUUUGUUUUCAUUGAGCGUCGAACAACUGUUGCAUAGAACCACUCUGCACUUCUAAAAAGUUACUUCACAAUAGCGGAUAGAUGUUGACGAGAGAAUUCUUAUAUUCAUGUCACAAUGCUUACUCAUUUCACCAGUUUUACUCAUAUAUUAUCUCAGGAGGAAAAGCUUAGCAUUUAUGCAUUUUAGCAAACCAUGGACUUUAGAUGUUACAUCUAUGUGCAAUGUUUUUUUUUUUUUGUUAUUUGCAUGGAUUCUACAGAUAUUUGGAUAAAAUGGCAUAAAGAAGAUAUAGAACACUAAGUAGGAAUUCCUUAUUGUGAUGGAACUUGCUUUCUGUUUUUAUUUCUAGAAUGUCUUCUUAACUCCACACAGCUGUGCCUGGACAUUUUUUGUUACUAUGUCGGGAUCAGAAAUGAUCUUCCACUAGAACAUGCAGCUGUUCUAAAGCGCUGCCACACAUGGUACUAUCACCUAAAUACAUUUAUUUUCAAAGCAUUGCCAAACUAGCAAAAUACUAUAUUUCAGUGAUGUAUGGUAUAUUUCUUGUUCUUAUGGUAUGUACCUCUGUUGUAAUCCAUCAUGCUACAUUUGAUGCCUAGUGUAAAGCCUGGCUUUGUCCCUCAUCCACCUCUAGUUGGUUAGUAACUUUCACAGCUGGGAGAUGUCUGUAAUAAUUGUUGUUGUUAAACCCAAGAGGUCCCAACUGGGCAGGAUGGUUCCAGAAGGCAAAGCCAGCCAAUGUCAUUGUGUGCCAUUUUAUUUAGCUGCUCAUUUGAAAUGUGAAUGUCCCAGGUGGGAUUUACAAUGGUGUGUAUUUAUGUGUAUCAAGAGUGAAGUUUCAUAUUUGCUACCAAUGAAUAGAACAAAGGAUGACUUUAAAAGACUGCUUGACAGUAUGUUUAACGUGUCAAUCAGGGCUUAACAUGUAGGGUUAAAUAUGACUGUUCUCAUGUCGCAGCAAAAUGCUCAGGUAACCCCGGAGUAGGCUACCUGCUCAGCACCAAAUCAGAGUCAGCUUUAUUGGCAUGUGUGUGCACAUACAAGGAGGACAGAGAAGACAUAGUUGGAUUAAUUCAGGCUCAGGAACAACAGUUCACAAUAGUGUUUUGAUACCUUAGAAUGAGCCCUUUCUGGCUGAAAACAUUUCAUAGAUAAGAGAAGACCGUGUGUCUAUAGUAACUCAUCUGUAACUCAACAGACAAAUCAAACAGUGGCUCUACAGAGCACCUUUUUACAUUGUUACGUUGAACUGACGGCCACUGUAGUUUCUCUGACAGGCCUGGAAGUUUAGAGUCUCUCUUUCCUCUAGUACGAUUGUUCCCUUUUUUGUAGUCUUUUUACAUUAAGGGAUCUGUGAAGAAGAAAAUCACGUCAAGUCAUCCUUUAUCACUCUGUUAGACUGGAAUUUUGUCAAACUGCUCAUUCAUUCUUGACUUAAAGGCAAUAAUGUAGUAAAAGAUUAAAGCAUUAAAUAACACGCUGCAUUGCUGUGUUGUAAUAAUAAUGUGUAUUCACAUUUUAUACUGGUUACUAAACCUAGAGUGAGGUGGCUGGUGCCAUGACAUGCAGUAGUUUGUCAUGCUCUUCCAGCUGCCUAAUGCUGGUUACCACAGUGAUGGAGCUUUGGCUGAAGGCUGUGCCAGAACCAAGGUGCAAAGUAAUCAAACGCUCUGAACCGACUCUGAUGGUCACAAGACAUUAAUGAUUGAAUGAAUGAUGAUGAUGUCUAAUGAUUAGACAGUGCACAAAUGUAAUAGACAGGAAGUGGAUGCCAUUUCAUAACACUAGCACAGAUUGUAAUGAAUCAUCUUCUGCGUUAGAGCUUUGAAUAGAGGGUUUAAAUGGGACUGUUAAAAGACAACGUGCCUCAUAUAGCCUUGUAGACUCAAAAUAACUCCAACAAAAAGCCACAGGGACACUUAUUUUCAUGGGCUCACUGUGUUCUAAUGUUAAGUAGUGUUUAGGUGGAACUUGAGGUACGAGGUAAUGCUGAACAAUUGUACCGUGUACUGUAGCUAUUCGGGCCUCAGCCCUCACAUUUAGACCAUGUCACAGUGCUGUGACUCUUUGUGCCUUGUAACAAUUGCUGUGUCUCCUUUUUGUGUACCAAAGGAUUAUGCUGCAAAGGAAAAAAAAAAGAGACUGGAUAUGGUGUUGCUUUCUAAAUGGGAUGUAAAUAGCAACUGAAUAUUGCGUUUACCAAUAAAUCUUUUGCAAACAGA